CACUGCGUAAAUCUCGUGCUGUUUUCCUGAGAGUCUCUCUCCUUCCCCAUCUCGAUCUUGUACUUCUACCCUGACACCGUCAAAGGUCUAGGAAAUAAGAGAGAGCGGGAAAGACCGAGAGAGAGAGAGAGAGAGAGAGAGAGAGAGAGCGCGAAGGGUUGAAAAAAGAAAAAAAAAAGAAGGGAAAAUCUCUCCCCAUCUGAAAUCUUGUGACUGUUAAAAUGGGGGUGAAGCAAGUUCUGAAGAGCAUUGAUGCAUUUCCUCGAGCUGAAGAGCACUUGUUGCAGAAGACACAGUCUGGAGCAGUGGUGUCCAUUGUUGGUUUAAUCAUCAUGGCUACGUUGUUUUUGCAUGAGCUGAAGUACUAUCUUACAACAUAUACAGUACAUCAGAUGUCUGUAGAUUUGAAACGUGGAGAGACUCUUCCAAUCCAUUUAAAUGUGUCAUUCCCUUCUUUACCUUGUGACGUUUUAAGCAUUGAUGCUGUUGAUAUGUCAGGCAAACAUGAAGUGGACAUUGAUACAAACAUUUGGAAGCUUCGCUUGAAUCGUGAUGGCCACAUCAUUGGCACCGAAUACUUAUCUGACCUUGUUGAAGGGGGUUAUACUCACAAACAUGGUAAUGCCGUGGUGUUUCCAUCAUCCAUUCUUUUAUUAGGACGAAUUUUGUGGUUUGUAGCAACCUAUGUUGCACCUUUAUCACUGGUCCACGGAAACCUUUACAGCUAUUGCAAUUUUACUAGUGGUUCACAGCGACCUAUGCUACACUUUUUAUUUGUCUUCUUUGUGAAGAUUACUACUUGCCUUCCUGGAGAAUGGGCUUAUGAUGUUGAUGAUGAUGCUAUGAUAUUUUGA